CUUCAUUUCAGUUGCCAAACCUCUCUGAGGCAGAAGCAAGGAUCAACUCUCCAGUCUAGCCGGCUGGUGAGGGCGUUCAGCUGCUUUGUUCUACAAGCUCAUGAAGUUGAUCUCGGUCUUCUUUCCACAUGGCUUGUACUGAAAAUGGGCUUGGAGGCGAUAGCCGUUCAUACAUAAUGGUGCCUGCGGACAAAAAUAGAAACAGGGAGACAAGUCAUAAUGUGCCACUUGGGUGUCUGAAUUCCAUGCUGAACGAUGAUGAAGAUGAUGCUGAGAUUUGGGCCUGCCCUACAGUCUCCCGGAGACCCUCCUUCACUGUGCCAAGAGCAGGAGCCCGCAUUCCUGAAAAUCUAAGAGCUCUGAGAUACCCUUUUACACUAACACCUGCUAUUGAGGAAGAGUCCCUAGCAACAGCAGAAGUAAACAGCUCAAAGGGCCUGGAGAGCCAGAGCAAGAAGGGACAUGAUUCUAUUAAUAUGUCUCAGGAAGUUUCUGCAAGCCCGAUGGCACUGAUGAUCAGAGGCCCAAGAGUUGGUAGUGGGGCUCUUGAGAGAAGUGGCAGUAGCUCAAAGCUAUAUAUGCCUGUGCCUAGAUCCCAAGGGUUCUUUCCACCAAGGGGCCCACAGUCACGAGGUCCUCCAUAUGUCCCCACACUUAGAUCGGGGAUAAUGAUGGAGGUGACUCCAGGAAAUGGUAGAAUGGCAUACAAGGGCACCCUGGCUCAUGUUUCUUUCCCACUGGGAAGCCCAAGGCACCCGAUGGAAAAUUGGCAGCAGAGGCCUCCUCUGCAUUUGUCAACCAGUAUUCAGGGCUUACCUUGCUCUUCUCAUUGCUUCAUGCCAUCUCAACCGCCAGCAUUCAAUCCAUUUCCUGUGAUGCCUACUCCUUUUGCUUCUCCCCUGGGAUUUGGCCCACCUCUGCUGCCAUAUUUUUUUCAUUUUAAGACUCGAGCAAUGCACCCUCCUCCAUACUUAAACUAGAG